AUGCUAUCUAGUUCAUCUUUAUCGGUGUUGCAACUACUGUGGACAUGUGUCUUUCUUGUAUACCUGCUCAAUAUUGCUGCAGUCACUAUUCCAGUGGGCUCUCCUAUUCCAUCUGACAGUCCAACUCUCAUCAAAGAAGAAAUCAGAAUAUGGGUUAUUCGCAAUGAGAAGAACUUGAAAACAUCAAAGGUGUACAUGUACAUUGGCGACCAAGGCUUUGGUCUUGGCAAUGUACUGCCACUUCCAACCUGCUCCGACAAUGGCCAUUCUUUAGAGCACCUUGGCGACGCUUACUUUGCUAACACACAAGACAGGAACAAAGCUUUGAAUGAGUUGAGGACUGUUGAGGAGUCUCGAUCAUGUUGCAGAGACCACGUCACUACGAUAUUACCGCUACCUCAUGCCGAUUUUGAAGUGCCUCUCAUGGUACACAACUGGUUUGCGGGACCCCAUUCUGCAUUGAACAAUGAUGUGUAUACACUCUGGACAUUAAGGAUUCAAGUGAUUGAGCAGCAUAUAACCAAGCUUGAUGCGGAUCAACACAAGCUGCGUUUGGCAGGGUUAAAAAAAAUUGGAGGAGGGCCUAGUACUGGAAAUCCCCCACAGUGA